GACGCAAUAGCUUUGGGAAUAGACGCAAUUUUCUGUACUGCGUGGAAUUGUCAUGGAAAUGACUAAGUAUAGCCCGCCCUUCCAAUUCCACCCCUACCAAAUUCUCCAUUUAUAAGGCAACGAUUGUGAGAAGUCAAGUUAGUAACUUAUCAGGCGAGUAACUUUUCAGUUUGUACCAUAACAGACUAGCCUACUACACGACCCCAGAAUCCAAACUCUAUCACAAUGGCGUGUGAUUUGCCUGGAGGUCUUUUGUUUAUUGUUGCUGUCCUGCAAAGCGCCGUCGGACUACAACCCAAAGAGGUUUGCCUGUUGCAAGUUGAAGAGGGAACGUGCAAUGACGACGUCCAGCGUUAUUACUACAAUACAAUCACCCAACAGUGUGAAGAAUUCAGUUAUAGCGGUUGUGAAGGAAACGCAAACAACUUCAAGUCCUUUAUGGAAUGUCAGAAAACAUGCUUCAGGAUUCCAAAAAUCCCCCAGAUCUGUCGUUUUGAAAAGAAAGAGGGCCCCUGCCGUGGCCUCUUCAAGCGUUAUUUCUUCAAUAUGACCUCCAUGCAGUGUGAACCCUUCACUUAUGGUGGUUGCCAAGGGAAUGAAAACAAUUUUCAAAACCUUCAGGAAUGUAUUGAAUAUUGCAGACCUCCUAAAACAAUCCCUGUGAUUUGCAAAGAUAUUUUGGACAAAGGAAAGUGCUUAGCUUCCAUCCCAAGAUAUUACUACAACUCUGCUACAAAGACAUGUGAGGAGUUCACAUACACGGGAUGCGGUGGAAGCAACAAUAACUUCAUCUCCAAACAAAGCUGUAUGGAUGUUUGUGGUAAAAAUGGCAGCAAACAUUGGAGCCCUGCUAAAAAGUCUGUGAGAGUUUCCAAAGAAUACCUUAAACGAGUAAAGUCCCAGCCACAAAAGGAGAAGUCACCCAAAUAAUGCUUUAUGAAGUCGUUGACACUGUAUUACCGACAAAGAUGAUUGCACUGAUUUUACACUAUUGGAAUUGAAGGCAGCAGUUCAUAUCUCACUCUGUGUAUAUAUGAUAUUGAUUGUUUUGUUUUUUUAAAGACAUGUUUAAUAAAAGUUUUUUUAAUAUUUCUAUGUAUUUUUAUGCAUUUGUAAAAUGUUUAUUUUAUUUUUAAUAAAAUAAAAAUGUACUACUUUUAAUUAUUUGGUAUUAUUAAAUACAAUAUUUUGUAAAGUCUAACACUGUUUAAGUGAUAAAGCACACUCUCAGAAAUAAAGGUACAAAAGCUGUCACUGGGGCGGUACCUUUUCAUGUCCAUUUUGGUACCUUAAAGAUACACAUUAGUACUUAAAGUGUACAUAUUUGAACUUAAUAGGUACAAAAAUUUACCUUUUGAAAAGGUACCGCCCCAGUGACAGCUUUUGUGCCUUUAUUUCUGAGAGUGCAAUAACGUUUAAUUGACAGUAUUUAAUAACAGUAUUUCAUAUAAUUAUGUUUUAUACCCAAUAUAUUUAAUUGAUAUCAUCUCAAGUCUAGCACAUGACAGUGAUUUCAAAAAGCUAGUGACACUUGAGAAAGAAGAAUGAAAAUGGUCAUUAUCUGCUGGGUCAAAAAAAGCAGGUUACAAAAUUAUUAACCGUUAAAGUGAGAAAUGACAUAUAUUCAGCCUUUUUAUUUUGAAUGUUUUAUUUUUAUUUCAAUCUAUAUAUGGUAUAUAAAAUCAAAUUGUCUCAUGCCUUUAAUGGCACUUGAUAUCAAAGCCAGAAUACAAUAAAUAAACCUUGAAUACAAGCAUUA